GUAUCACACACAACCAACACAUCUAAUCACAAUCACAACCAACUCACAAAUCAACCUAUUCUUUAAUCACCAAUCCAACACCAAAACCACAACCUUCAAGAUGCAGUUCGCCACUCUUCUCGCUUCCGCCUCCGUCGCCGCCGCUGCUGCCAUCAGCAAGCGUGACGUUACCUUCAAGGUCACCAACUUCGGUGCCGACUGCAUUCCCCACAGCACCCAGUGCUCUUACGGAUUUACUGUCAUCCAGCCCGGUACCAUGGAGACCACCGGUGUCAACUGCACCGCUCUUGUCCCCGGCAACACCGACGGCACUCUCCCCGAUGUCAAGGAGGGCACCUGCACCCUCUCCUCCCGCACUUUCGACGUCGUCCGCAGUGCCGAGGGUCUCACCCUCACCGUCUCUCAGCCGGUUACCCCUAGCAGCAACCAGACUGGCUCCCACCUUCUCCCCAACUCUGACUUCGAGAUCUCCAACCAGCCCAACGCUGUUGUUCAGCACUACACUGGUGCCCGCUCUUUCGACCUCGAGUAAAUUUUUCGCCUUGUUCGGUUUCAUUAAAGAACACGUUCCAUCGACGAUGGGAAUGGGUGUGCCUUACACAUAGCAUGGGGAGGAUGGCAAAAGAUUGUACAACACAUGUUUCGAUAGAGUGAAAAGAUACCAUCAUAGAAUUCAACUGAUUAUCCAUCCAC